UAUUACCCCGCACAGCUCACCAUUGUCUCCAUACUGUAACCUGAGGGGACACUCACACUCCGGGGAGUGGACCCCGAGCGCUCAUUGUUUCCCGGGCGGCGGCCUAGUGCAGCCCCGGGUUGUAGUGGGAAGGUCCCCCAGGGGAGGAGGCGGGUCCUCGGGCUGAGGCCUAGCUCAGGGUGGAGCCUCGUGCUGUAGUAGGCGGCUCCCCGGCUCUCCCCGCCUGCUGGUGGGCGGCUCCCCGGGCUGUCAGUGCCAGGUGCCCGGCCCGGGAUGGCGGUGUGUGCCCGGCUGUGUGGGGUGGGCCAGUCCGGGGGCUGCCGGCGGAGGGGGCUGGAGGACGGGGAGGAGGACGAGGUGAGGAUCGAGGCCGGGCCGGCUCACAGUGGCCCCCGGGGGCCCCGCACUCUCCUCCAGCUCCCACCCGAGAUCCUGGUGGAGAUCUUCUCCUCCCUGCCCGGCCCCGAGCUGCCCAGCCUGGCCCAGGUCUGCAGGAAGUUCCGCCAGAUCCUCAACACGGACACCAUCUGGAAAAGGCGCUGCAAGCAGGGUGAGGCCUCCUGCACCAAAACUGGGAACCUGCCCCAGGGAGGGGGGGGGUACUGGGAUCCUGCCCCCAGGGAGGAGGGGGGUACUGGGAUCCUGCCCCCAGGGAGGAGGGGGGUACUGGGGAACCUGCCCCAGGGAGGAGGAGGGUACUGGGAUCCUGCCCCCAGGGAGGAGGGGGUACUGGGAUCCUGCCCCCAGGGAGGAGGGGGUACUGGGAUCCUGCCCCCAGGGAGGAGGGGGUACUGGGAUCCUGCCCCCAGGGAGGAGGGGGUACUGGGAACCUACCCCAGGAGGAAGAGUACUGGGAACCUGCCCAGGGAGGAAGAGGGGUACUGGGGGAAACUGCUUGCCCCAAAAGGAGGGAGGGAAUUACUGGGGAACCUGCCCAGGGAGGAGGAAGUACUGGGAACCUGCCUGGGAGGAAGGGUACUGGGGAACCUGCCCCACAGGAGGGGUACUGGGGGGCUGCCUAGGAGGAGGGUGCUGGGAACCUGCCCCAGGAAGGAGGGUACUGGGGGAAACUGCCCCCAGGGAGGAGGGGGGUACUGGGGGACCUGCCCAGGGAAGGAGGGUACUGGGGAACCUGCCCCCAGGGAGGAGGGGGGUAUUGGGAACCGCCCCCAGGGAGGAGCGGGUAUUGGGAACCUGCCCCAGGGACUCCUUACCCCCAGGAAAAUGGAAGGGGGUACGGGGCUUCUGACCCAGGAAAAGGGAGGUGGAUUUGGGGUCCCUGUUUAGGAAAGGGGGUCGGGGUGAGAUGCAAGGCUUCAAUCCCAGGGCAGGGUUACAGGGCUACUGUCCUCUGGGGCAGAACAGGCAGUGGUUAGUUAACACCAGGAUAUAAAGGGUGUGGCUACCAGGGGUCACUGUCACAGGGGUGAUUGAAUAGGGUGCUGAUAUGUGUGGAUACAGGGAAUCACAGCCAUUGGGGUACAAAAGACUGUUGCCAAGGGGUGGCUAUACUGAAUGUACUCUCCAGGACCAUAAGUACGUUCAUGACUGGGUACAGGGGGCAUAACUAAAGGGUAGAAAGAAAAAAACAAAACAAGCGCAGUUACGUUGUAUCACAAACGUACACCAGAAAAGCAUUGCCAAGGGUUUACAGCUUUGGGGCAGAAAUGGCAAUUAGCCAGUGGUUGUUUACACAAGCCACAGUGAAAAUGGCAGAAAGGAGAUGGUUACCAGGCAAUGGGUACAGUGCCGCCAAGGUGCCAUUACAGUUAGUAACAGGCACCGGUGGUGGAUACAAAAGGUCAGAGCUGUGUUAUAGGGUCUUCUAACCCCAAGCAGUAGAAAUUAAUGGUCAGUAACCUCAGAUAGUGAUAAACAGAACAUCACAGACCCAAAGUGGGCAAAAGCGGGUGUGCAUCCAGUGAGUGGUACCCCAGGGGCAUAAUAAAAGGAAGGGCAUUAUUUCUGGGAAAUAUUAGCAUGAAAACAUAUUCUUCAGGCUUCUCACUAAACACAGAAUUGUGGAGAAUUGGCGAAAAUAGCCAAACUCAAAAACAGCUGAAGUUGCAGAAUUUUUCCGUUUGUACAUUUUAUUUUGUGCAGUUUUUUUGUAAAUUGUGUGACUUUUCCGACAGCGCAGAAGGCUUGCCAUCUAGCAAGCAGCGGACUAUUUACAAUUUGUGGGCAAAAAAAUCCUCGAUGACACGAUCUGUUUUUAAAAGAUCCAAUGCAGUUAUUAUAUGUGAUAUUUACAGAGAUUAACAUUUAAAACCAAUAUAGCUCAACGUGUACUGAACUGUAUCUUGUAAUUUGACUGUCUUAUUGACUGCGGUGUGGACGACAAGGUUAUUUUUAAUUUUUAACAUCAGAUUUGGCUUUUUAGCUGUCGUUAAUAAAUUACCAAUGACCUGCUGGGUUAUAAUACUAAGGGACAGCUGGUGUGUCAAGGUCUGUUGUGUAGUGGUAGCAUGUUGUGUCCUUACCACAUGUGCUGACAGUUAGUCUCGAUCUCUCCUGUAUGUGUGCAGUGUGUGCCGAUCUGGAAAUACAAGGCCAGAGUUGUAUAUGCAUUUUAGAAUGGCAUGGAUGUUAUAGUAUGAAUUGUUACAGCUAGAACAUUAUGCACAGCAUUCAUCUGCAAAUUUACUUUAAAAACAAAAAAACUACAGUGGGUUGGAUUUAUUUACUUGUAAAUUGAAUUUUUGUAUGUGUUUACUUGUGCAGCGCUCCGCCUUGUGCCUUAUUAUAGAGUUAUUCACUAAGCUGUCCUGGGCUCGUCUCCCUUGUCCUUGCUUCUGAAGAACUUGGCAGGCAUAUCUACUUGGUGGGAAAAAGUAAUACAUUAUUUUAAUUAAGCAUAACACAUUGAUGUGCUGCGGGUCCAUAGAAGUUGUGCAUUUGUGAAAUGCAUUGAUCAAUUUUAAACCCCCAUAUGCAGUUUAAUUCGCUUUUAAAAGCAGCAAGAUGCUAUUCUGUUGAGUCUUAAGACUCUAUAUUUUACCAGACGGUCCCAAAUUAAGCUCUAUCAUUAUUUUGGCAACUCUUUCUUACCACGCAUUGGUCCAAGGCCUGGUCUCUUAGUGCAUUAAGGGUACACUCCAGACCACUAACUCACUUUAGCUUGCCGAAGUGCUUUGUGUGAAGAGUGUGUUCACGUUUUUCAUUUUACAAAAAGUGCAAAUUUCAGUAGAAAUUGACACUUUUAUAAAUAAACUUUGUUACACCCCUAGCUAUCAGACAACCGAUCCUGUUUCCUUCUGGUUUGUUAAAGGGACACUAUAGUCACACAAAAAUUUAGCUUGAUUAAGUAGUUUUGAUGUAUAGAUCAUGCCCCAUGCAGUCUCACUGCUCAAUUCUCUGCCAUUUAGAAGUUAAAUCGCUUUGUUUUUAUGCAGCCCUAGCCACACCUCCUUGCAUAUGACCUACAUAUCCUUCCUAAACACUUCCUGUGAAAAGUCAUCUAAUGGUCACACUUCCUGUAUUGCAAAUUCUUUUUAAUUUAGAAUAUCUUAUCCCCUGCUUUGUGAAAAGCUUGCUACUACCUGCAGGAGCCUCCUGUCUGUGACUUAAAGUUCAAUUCAGAGAGCAGGAAGUAAAAACCUUUCUAUAGUAAGCUACAGCUGAUUAAAAAUGAAACCAUUUUGUUUUCAUACAGGCUCUGUCCGUCACAGCCAGGGUUCUCAUUGAGCUGCACAAAGAAGUCUGUGAUUGGACAGCCACACAAAGUCUGGGCGGGGUUUGAAGGGGAGGGCUGGCAAAAGUUUCAGACAAAAGAUCUGCAGGUUUAGCAAACUAUUUUUAGAUAUAACCCAAUGAAUAAUGAAAUGCAUACAUGGUUGUUGUUUAUUUUUUUAAUAGUUUUAUUGGGGGUAUAUCUACCAAAUGGCUACUUUUUUUGAGGGGGGUGGGGGGCAACAGAGUGUCCCUUUAAAGGACCACUAUAGGCACCCAGACCACGUCAGCUAAAUUAAAUGGUCUGGGUGCCAGGUCCAUCUAGGAUUAAUGCUAUGUUUAGAAAUGGGUUAAUCCAGCCUCUAGUGGCUGUCUCAUUGACAGCCGCUAGAGGCGCUUCCGCACUUCUCACUGUGAUUUUCACAGUGAGAAGACGCCAGCGUCCAUAGGAAAGCAUUGAGAAUGUUUUCCUAUGGACUGACUGAAUGCGCGUGCGGCUCUUGCCGCACAUGCGCAUUCAGCCGAUGACAUCGGAAGGAGGAGGAGAGUCCCCAGCGCCGGGCUCCCUCGGCGCUGGGGACUCUCCUCCUCCUUCCGAUGUCAUCGGCUGAAUGCGCAUGUGCGGCAAGAAAGGUACGUUUUUAACCCCUUCCUCCCCCUAGAGCCCGGCGGGUGGGGGGGGACCUAUUAACACUAUAGUGCCAGGAAAACGAGUUUGUUUUCCUGGCACUAUAGUGGUCCUUUAAACAUGUUUAAAGGAAAGCGACAGCAAAUAUUGGUCACGUGUUUUACUAACUUAAACUGUUUUUGUUUUUUUGCUUGCACCAAAAUAGCAAAAUAUGAUUUUAUUCCAUUAUGUACCAAGUUCUUUUGGAGCAGACUUGUGAUCAUUUUAUAGCAUUCCUCUAGAUUAACACUGUAUGUAUUAUCCUUUAAUUCAAUUCCUCUCCUUGUUAUCAGAUAAUAAUUAUAAUUUUUCCAGUUAAAUAUUCAAGCUUCUUUCGCCACUGAUGAAAAGGAAUUCUAUCAGAAGGAUGCACUAGUCACGUUAUCUUUUCCACCUCCUUCAGAGUCCCCGGGAGUAAUUACAGAGGAUAAAAACCAGAUCGUAGGAAAUGGCAUGCAAUAAUUAUAAUAUUUGUGUCAACUGCACAUGAGAAGGGAUAAUUUUCUCCUCUCCUCGAGUAGAUAGUGGGACUUAUAAUCAGCAGCCAGAGCCGUGAUCUAAAAAUAGUCAGAAUGAGCAAGAGGUGGCCUGGCUGACAGUCUAGCUUUUGUUCUGGGGUCUCUCCCCUCCCCACGUUAAUAUAUUCCCCACCAAUUGUCCUUAGUACACUUUUUUUUUUUUUUUAUUUAAUUUAAAAUAUAUAAGAACUCUCUCUCUAUUUUUUUUAUCUGCUCUUCGGAAAGGAAGGAAAAACUAACUGUAUUUCAAUAUGCAAAUGUAACACUGUCAUUGCUAGGCACUGCUAUCACUUUAGGUUAAUUUUAAUGAGCACUGUUUAAAGGCUAGCACAUGAUUAAGUGUCACUGGUGGGACAACGGCUCAUUCUGCUGCAGGUUUUCUACCAAUCCCUUUAAUUGCAUGUAUUUGAAAACAGCAAAAAUGUAAUCUCUGUGCACUUAAAAAAGUGACCACAGGCACAUCAAUACCAUCUAAUGCAAUUGUUAGGCUGUUAACCGUUUCAGUUCGUAGAACUCCCACAGCUUGGUCUCUUGCAGAUAAACUGCAACAGAAGGUUAAUAUCUGGUUUUAUUGGCCUUCCCACUCUGUGAUGGUCUGUGCUGUCUGCUCUUUAACUCCAUUAUAGCACACGGUUUGAGAUUUCAUCUCCUCACUGGGCGGACAAUCGGGUGGUGGUUGAUGAUGAGAUGAUGGUUAAUGCUGGGAUACUACAAUGUUGCCAACUCCAUCCCAAAGCACCCAGCACUCAUCUUCCCUUUGUCAGUCCACUCCAUUUAUCUUCCGGUCUCUGCGCUCCUCACUGUCGGGAUUCUGUCAUCAUUUCAAGGAGAUCAGGAGCUACUUUGAUCUCUUCGGUCAGCACCAUUGUCAAAUGAUCAUUUCUCAUUCACAGUCCCAACAAAACUAAUUGGUUCCCUUGUAUUUUACUGCUUACCUGCUCUCGUUACACCUUACUGUCUAAUGACCAGUCUAAACGGACCGUGCUGGCUCCUGACUUCCUAGGUUUAGUUAUACUUCCUGUCCUGCUAUUCUUUUCUACAGAUCCCGUUUUCUACCUCUCAACAAUAAACAUACACUGACAUAAACCCUAAACAUCCUCUUACAGCUCUUCCCUUAUCACUCUGAACUUUCAGACUCUGAGAACCGGCUCAUCGUGUAGAUUUAAGAUUACUUACCGCUGUUAUGCUUAAAGGGACACUAUAAUUACCAGAACCAGUACAGUUUAAUGUAGAGGCUCUGGUGUCUAUAGCCUGUCCCUGCAGUGUUGUCACUGUAAACACUGCUUUUACAUAGUGUUUACAUUGCUGCCUAGUAACCCCUCCAGUGACCAUCACUCAGAUGACCACCAAAGGUGCUCCUAGUCCACUGCUGCAAAGCGUGUAGCACCUAUUUUCGCUGAACGUUCCCCGUAGAGAUGCAAUGAUUCCAUACAUCUCAUGCUGAUUGGGGACAGUGUUUUGCCACACAUGCACAAUAGCCCCCCAAUGCUUUCCUGUUGGAACACAUUGUAUUUGCUGAGAUCAAGAUUGAUGAUCUCAGCCAUGGAGGCAAGGCCAGCCACGGUGAGGACAGCGCGUCGGUGGAGAAAAGGAAAGUAAACAAUGGAGGCACCUGGGGAAGCGCCCCACCAGUUUUUAUUUGGCGGGGGGGGAAUUUAUUUUCCGUUGUUUAGAAACUCCAAAAUAUUUUAUUUUUAUUUUUUUCCUGGAAAAGUGAAUAGAGAAGCCGGCACACAGCACAUGUGCGCACUUUGGGUCAGUGAGUGUAAGGGAUGUAGGCGAAGUUGGCAGGAGGGAGGAUUUAAAUUAAAAAAAAAAAACAAAAAAAAAACUUACAAGUAGCGGAUGGAGGGAGUGUGGGAGGAGAGAUCCAGCUUCCCCUUGCAUCCACUCUGCCUGCAAGGGGAAGAUUUUCACGUCUGUUGUUAACGUGGAGUGUGCGCUGACAACAGACAUAUUUUAUGCACAGAGUUGACAUUGGGAAUCCUGGAACACAGUUCCACCACUGUAAGUAAAAUCUAUUUUAUAUCCACAGAAAUGGGCCGGGGACCUAAUCAUAUAUUCCUAAUACUAUAGUGUUUCUUUAAUGUGCCUUACAUCUUAGGGAUUCACUAGAGCAUGCAGUGAGGGAGUUUGUCCCUCUUUUAAUCUCCUACUAUUUCUCUUCCGUUUUAAUUCUUGUGCUAGUCUGCACCACAUCAAUGCCAGUGCGUUAUGUUUCACACAUCCCUUAUUCUUUAUGCUUGCACGCAUGGUACACAAAAUAUGCCAUCCCCUUAGCUCAGUGAAUCAAGCUCUGCGGAUUAUUAUUUACUGAUGUUCUGUACAAAAAAAAAAAACAUUGUUCUUAAUUUCUGUUCAAACAAUCCUGAUGUAAUCAUUGCAGUUUCUCAAAAACAGCAGUGUUUCACAUUGCAGGACUAAGGGGGACAGGGACACUGCACGCAGACCACAUAAAAUAGAUUUAAAGCAUAAAAUGUGCGUUUCUUUUAAUAAAUCGCUCUACAAUUCCCUGUCUAGUGAACAUUUUCACUGGCAAUAAUUUCAGCACAUUCGCAUAAGAUUCUCUUGCUAUUUAUUUUCUAUGAAAUGUGCACACCCCUAUUAAACAAAGUUUAUUUUGAAUGAGAUCCCAGGAAUGUUACAGAUUUUUCCGUUCGUGAUUCUCCUUGUUUGUAAAUGACUGACUAGAGAUUAUGUUGUAAUUUGCUAGACUGUAUUAUUGGUGAUCUAUUUAAAUCACUGAGUAAAGGCACUACAAUAAUUGAUAUAUACAUAAACCGCGUGAUGAAAUAUAUAUGUCCUAUAUAUAUACAUUAGAUGACCGUAAGUACACCUGACGUUGUGUAAGUUUGCUAAACUGUAAAUCUCUCCUUGCAGAGUACGGAGUCUGUGAAAAUCUCCGCAAGUUGGAAGUCACCGGUGUGUCAUGCAGAGAUGUCUACGUCAAACGUGAGUAGGUUCAGUUUGGGAUCUGAAGAGAGUAUUCUGACAAUAUAGUGCGUGAACCUGCCAUACUCUGGAAGGCGUCACAGACAUUGACCAAGGGGGCUGUGAUUGGUGUAUGUUUAGUGACAUAGCGUUGCUAUGUGAAAGCAGAACGUUGCUUGUUUGUAUGGGAGUGUUUACAUCUGUCGAACUAUGAACUACAUCACCCAUGAUCCUCCAUUUAGUAAUAUCUGCUGAUGGAUUAUGGGAGUUGUAUUUCACUGAAAUACUAAUUACAGAUCCAAAUAUAGCCUACCCUGGUGGAUACUUGUGAUGGAUUUGUCAGUACUGUGUUGGGUUAUACAGAGGGUUUACAACCAAUACAAACCUGGCUUUCAUUCCUGCUUAUGUGAGACUAUUUGCACACAGCACCACCCUUUCUACCUUUUAGCCACAUCCCUAAAUUCCUCUUUGAUUUUAUUAGCCUUGUAUUUGCAUUGCAACCUGUUGCAUAGUAUGUUUAAACUCCAUUACCCUAGUUACAUAAGAAGUAUAUGUUGCAAUGUUUUCCCACGGAUCUGUCAUGGGUUUCUCUGAAUCCUUGCUGCCAAUGGUAAGUUCACUGAAAAUUGAAUUGGUUAUAAUCUGGGUAAGAACCUACAUGAUCAUGGUGUGUUAUAUUUUACCCCCAUAUCUGAUCAGGGGACACGGCAGACUUGAAAAUGAAUGUGCUUCCCUAACUUGCUAUGUCUGUCCAGGUAUAAACCCACGGGUGAAGUCGGGGCGGUUUAUGAAAAUCCUUCCCGACUACGAACAUAUGGAAUACAGAGACGUGUAUACCUGUUGUACGUAUCAGAGUGACAGCUUUGUGUGCCAUACGAGUGGAGGUUGCUGCAUGAAUAGAUUGCCUUAACCUUUGCCCUCCUAGCACUUACUGGCUUCUCUGGUAGCGAAAUUAACUAAUUGCCAUGUAUAACUAAUAACCAUUUUGCUGUGUUGUUUUCAUGAUCUCAGCUACAGUGAUUUGCUAGACGAUAUUAACUGUCCUGAAUAAUGAACAUGCAAACUCUGCGUGUGAGCUACUAACUCGGUGUAAUUAUAACCCCAAAAUGAAGGCCAGAGCAAUGGCUUUCACCUAUCUUCCUAUUAAUGUCCUGUGUUGAUAAUGAAGAUACAUAGCUGGAAACAUGCCAAUAAUGCUAAGGAAAAUAUAUAGAAGGUUUAUAUUCCUCAUGUGUAAUAGAAUUUACUAUGUUGCUACAAAAUGGAUGAGACCCUCUUUCCUAAACACCCUCUCUCUUUCUCAAGGGACCAAGGCUGGUUUCUAGCUACCAAACCUAUCUCUCCCCUCCUAAUUACCCAGACCAAUCCACUGGUAAGACUACCCACCCAUCUGGUUUACCAUCUUCAUGUAUUCUCCCCAUGAAGAAGGCUCCACAACAAAAAUUGCCUCUGUCAUACCUAGCACAACCAAGUGCACCCACUAUCUUAUCUACGUAGUUAUGAGUACCCAUGGGGUCGACCUUCUGCUCCAGUAUUGGGACAAGGCACUGGACCUUACAAUACUCACAAUAUAACUGUAAAAGUACAGGCAGAGUCAUCUCACUGCAACCAUAAAAAAUGUUGGACCUUCGCUAGUCGAAUGCUGAUGAUACGGUUACCUUCUGUUAUUGUAUAUUAACACUUCUGUUCGAAAUCUUAAGCGAGCAAAUUUAUAUGAAAAUUAAAAAUAUUUUUUUUUUAAUAAAGAAAUAAGAGACCCUAAAUGAAUGUUAUCACUGCAAGGUAUGGUUUGCUGGGGUUUGUUUAUAAAGAGCAAUUUGUUGGCAAAAAUCAUAACGUGGUACAGUCACCAUGGAAACCAAUUGAAUGUUCACCUUGAUUGCUCCACUUUGAGCACAUUGCCCCAAAAUGUAAAAUUAGACAUAAAUUCCGUGUGCUACAUCCUAAUGUACAGAGUCGGCUGCUUAUGUAGGUUUGAUACUCUGUUAUGGGGCUACACAUAAAUAGCUAAGUAUCUGGAGGUCUGUUGAGUAAUAUAUUGGCAAUGGUGGAUAACUGCUAAUUUUUGCAAUUUCAGCUCGUUUUCUAAUGCAAAUAUUUUGGUUGAAAAUUUUCUGUUCUCUAGUGAAUUCUUUGUCGUUCUCCGCUAAGCGGCUAAAUUCUUUUUGUUUUAUUUUUUGAUUAACCUAGGUAGCUUUGCUCUGACAUCUGGAAGAUAUCCUCUCUGCACAGUCUCUGUUAACUUAUUCUGUUUGUUUCUGUCUGUGGCACAUUGUGUGUUUUAUCACUGUGCACUAUUUAUAGUAAUGCCAACUCAUAGCAGCCAGCUGUCUGCUGAGCCAAUCCUUGCACUGCCAGUCAUGACAUCCAUUCCUGAGACCAUGUCCUUGAGUUAGCAAUGCCCAUUCCCAAUGUGUGCACUUACUAAUCGGGUGUAUCUCAUUGGUUAUUUAAUAUUCCUCACUUAUAUUAUGACUUUUGAACGUUUGGCCUGCACCGUAUGAUCUUUUGUUAGUUCUACAACAUUACAACCCAACAGCAGAUAAAACUAUCUGCUCAUUCCCUAUUUAAAAACAGAUACUUUAUUAUUGACUCUAUUUCCCUGUCCCGAAAAGGACAUAACUACGCUGUAUGUCACACGGCGUUCCAUAUAUCUUACAGAUCCAUGUACAGGAAAUGUCUCCGGAAGGGAAACUAUUCCAUUCUGUUGGAAUAUCCCAGGUGACUUUUUUUAUAAAGAAAAAUAUUCUCACCCUAUAACCGUAGCGUUAUGAUGUUGCUGUAGGUGAAUAAAUCAUGAGCAUUUUUUUUCUUUUGAUCUAAAUAAUUUUGUUGCAUUUUGUUCCAUGCUAUAUUUUGUAUAGUACGUGCAUACAUGAUGGCACAGCUCCCUGCUAACUUCCAGAGUUUCUCCACUAACCUACCUUUUCAAUGGACAAUGGACAAUAGUGGGAUUGUGUGUGUGUGUGUGUGAGAGAGAGUGUGUGUUUUUUAAAUAGAGGACUAAGUAUUGCAGGGAGGCGGAUAGGGCUAAAAUAAAGUAGGGAGGGUAUAAAGAAGCUCUGAUGACGUGUUCUGGGUGUGUAACUACAAAAGUCCAUAUUUCUCUGUAUGUGCAGCAUUUUAGGCAGGAUUAAUGCCCAUACAGAUUCCUAUCACCAUGUCCACGUCUAAAAGCAGAUGUGGUCAUGGUAGUUGAAUGAACUAUUUACAUUUGAAAGCAAUGUAAUGCGAUCAGUCGCUCAGGGCCUGGUCAAUAUAAUGGUGGGAACAUGCUGACGAUAACACUGGGAUUAAAUUUUGUGUCCUUGCCCACAGGUUAAAAAGCACCGAUCUAAGCAAAUCAUAGGUUUCACUAGUACGUUCUCAUCUGUCAGUUCACGUAACUGAAAGGAAAGCCGUCUUGACAGACAGAAGUAACUCAAAUAAAGUGCAUCAUAGGUUAUGUUGAAGGAACGCUACAAUCACCAUAACCACAUCAGCUCACUGUAGUGGGUAUGGUACCAGUAGUGCCCUGGCAUCCCCCUUAUUGUAAGUGGUUUGCCUUCUUACCUGAGGUCCAUUGGUGUUGCACCCGCCUCCACUGCUAAUGUCGAAGCGACAGAAGUUUCUAUGCAGGGAAUCUGUUACCUCGUCUGAGCCGAGCCCUACAAUGCUGGUCUUGGCCCAUUUGGCUGAAAAUGGGCACUCUUGGCACCACUGCCACUACAGCGAUUUGUAGUGGUUAUAGUGCUUUAUUUUACUCUAAGUGUACAUACCUUCCUGAAACUAAAAUAUUAGCUGCGCUGGAGGAGUGGCCAGCAGGUCCAUGCUGAUCUACGAGGGGUAUGCAGUCCAGAUGUUUAUCUUUUGAAAAUAUGUUCUUUUACUAUAAACACAUUAAAAUGCAUUUGGCCAUAAAAUGUUGGCACAUUGAUAGAAGUGAUAAAAACCCUGGACUCUAAAUCGCAGCAUGGAGUUUAGAAUCCGUGAACCCUGUUGUGUGCAAACCCCCUGUUCCUGGGUGCAAUUCUUGUUUUUUGAGAGAGCGUAAAUAAUAAAUAAAAUUAAAAAAAUAAAAAUAAUGUAUGUAUUGGUAUCCUGUAGGAUAUUAGGCAGCAUUUAACUCUAAUACACACACCUCUUCUUGUUAUGAAGAGGUUAGUCACUAUAAUUCCUUGUGUCCUGCAGUUUAGUGAUGUCUGUGCACUCUGUGUGUGUGUGUGUUAAAUGCCGAGACCGGCUGGCAGGCUCUAAUAUGAUUGUGUCUUGUCCCCCACAGUACUGCAUCAAUACCGCCAUAUCCUGGGACUGUGGCAGCCUGAUAUCGGCCCGUAUGGAGGACUGCUGAAUGUGGUGGUAAGUGGUAAUGCUGGCUGAAAAAACUCCCCUUUCCUUCUCUAUUGACCAGAAGAAUGAAUAUUCCGUGUCAGUCAUCCCGUAUCGCUGUUAAAUUGAGGACCAACAUUUUCUCCAAUUUGUUCGCUGUAAAUGUGACUUUGCAGCUGAAUGACUGACUGCAGUGAGCGGGUAAUUUCUCCCUCUUCACUGAGCUGAAUGACCAGGCAUUCCACUUUUUAGGACAAAAUGGUAAAAAAAAAUUUACAUUUUUUUUUAAAAAUUCCCACCUUCGCUAUUCGAUGUAAAACUUGCAAUUCCAUUAAUUCUCCACCACUCCUUCUUUAGUGAAUAAAGACCGCAUCACGUGAAUGUUAGCUGGAUUGCUAGUGUAAACAUUGCUGUAGUUUAAUUAGCGGGAGAUGUAUAACCAGUUAUUAGAAACUGAGACAUUUUAUAAGGAGACACUAGACCCCCCCCUCACCCCCCGGUCUGUGCUUCAUAUUUUGUCAGUCCUGAUUCUCAUUGGUCAAUGCAAAAUAUCAGACACUCAAUCAAAAAUAGCACAUCGGGUGAACCGUAAAACCAGCUAUGGAUUAUUUCCCUAAACUUGACAUUGUUGAAAAAUUGACAUCUGAAUCACAAAAUAUCUGAACUAGGUAACUUCACCACUUCUCCACCCUGGGUCGCCAUGGAAUCUUCCAGUUUACCUAAUCCUUUUCCAUGACAACUUAUUUUACAGUAUAUGAUUAUUUAUGUAUCUAUUUUUAUAUGUAGUUUGACGUUUUUACCUUUUUUUUUUUUUCUCCCCCCUUUGUAGCGGGGGAGGGCGAGUUGCAUUUGAAUCUCUAUUCUUUUGUUGUAUAUGGCAAACUCCUUAACUGGUCACAGCCAGUAUCCCAAAGGAGCUGUUAUUAGCUGGAGCGUAUGAACUCUACUUACAGCUGAGCAGCACAUUCCAGCUUUGCCUGUAGCAUUGAUAUACUUCCUUAAAAUCCAGGCAAAGUUUCUUAAGGAGCUCCGUUGCAAUCCCCCAUCUCUGUGCUUGAUUUGGAUGAGUAACACUUCGCUACAUGCGUCUUAUCGCACUAUAAGCACCUUACUCUGCAGCUGCAAAUCAAGCGAUGUCACCGCUACACACUGUGCCUCCUGCUGUACUUGUCAGAUAAGGCAGGGGAGUACGAGCUCAGCCCUCUGUAUAGACAGCACUGCAUGUUUCAUUCCACUGGGACACAUCAUGCAGUGACAAUGCAAUCCAUUUCUAUUUAGUCGCAGUGGAACAUUGCUGACUCUCCCCUCUCGUAAGAAGACAUUGUAUUAUUAUUGCAGGAAUAAAUUGAGACACGUCAAAUGUGUGUUGUGCAUUCCAGCACUAAGCAUUCUGCCAUUUCAUCAAUAGAAUGUAUGCUGAAUCAUCUUGUACGCUAAAAUAGCAGAAUGGGAAAAAUGUUAGUUCGUCUUAGGGGGGAGUGAAAAAUAUGCCGUUCAUAUUUAUUUAUUUUUUUCCUUUUAUUUUAUUUUUAUUAUUUUUUGGCGCAAUUCCUGAUUUGAUUAAAGAAAAAUCGCCCUAAGCAUUUGGGUGUUUAGCAGGUUCAUUAGUGGACUCAUUAAGAAUGAUUCACGAGGGUAUUUUAUUAAGUAAGAUUAGCAGAGCUGGAAAAAAACCCUCUUCAUCACAGCUCGUUAUCCACCCAGCCCACCAGUUAUGAAUUAUCAGACUGAUUUUGCUUAUUUGAGUAUAGCUUUAUAGACAUUUCUGUUAUUCUUCAGUCACUGGACAACAACAGGUGAUGUGUUUUGUACGCAGGUAGAUGGCUUGUUUAUCAUUGGAUGGAUGUACCUGACCCCACAUGAUCCCCAUGUCGAUGAACCAAUGAGAUUAAAGCCUGUCUUUAGGAUCCAUUUGAUGGAGAGGAAGUCUGCGACAGUAGAAUGCAUGUAUGGACAUAAAGGACCUCACAAUGGGCAGAUCCAGGUAACAUUCGUACAGAUUGUAUUUUACAAAUUAUAUCAAACCGUGCUGUGUAAUGGACAUCUGUUACACAGUGACAUGGAGGAUGUUGGUACUUUUUAAAAUAAGUUAACAUCUUUGAGUUGAGUGUGUGCUUUGGUCUUUGACAGUUGGUGAAGCCAGGCUACCCAGUUGAUAAUGUGAUGGUUCUUCCUUACAGAUUGUGAAAAAGGAUGAAUUCUGUACCAAGUGCCUGCAAACAGAUUAUCAUCGGAUGUCCGGAGGAAGACAAGAGGUAACCGCUAUUGGUUUCUAUCCAGAAAAUCAAACCUGUGUUUUUCUGACCUAGGAUCAAAGCAAAAUUUCAAGAAGAGUACAAUUUAUCUUGCUUAGAUUCUUGCUUUCAUGUGGAUAUAAAUAAACACUAAUGAGCCCACUUUCACUCAUGUUCUACCAAGAUCCAUAUUUGACACCCCACCCUGUUCUCCACACCCAACAGAGGCCUUUAUGUGUUUUAGGGUGUAUUUUUGGAGGUGAUGCAGGGCCACCAUGAGUAACUGUUCCUAUGAUCCCGAGAAUGAAUGAAUGGUCACAGCUAAUUCAUUAACACUGCAUCCUGCUCCUGUUUUUGUAGGAAUUUCGGACCUGGCUGAGAGAAGACUUGGGACGGACACUGGAGGAUAUUUUCCAUGAGCAUAUGCAGGAACUAAUCCUGAUGAAGUUUAUCUACAUCUGCCAAUAUGAGUAAGUGAAGGUAACCCUAACUACCUCUAAUGCUACAGACUCCCUUUACACCCACCUACCUCCAAAUCCAGCCUUUAUAUAGUGUCCUUCCAAACCUAUCCUCACCCUCUCCUCCCAGAUGUUGUUUAGAAUGGAGAUGUAAUGCCUCUGUGGUCUUAUACAUGUAUCCACGAUACUGUGUCACGGUUUAAAACUCUCCAUUUCAAUUGGUCCAAAUUGGCAUUGAAAACCUCUGGAUGUUUAAACCUUUUUGAGGGUGCAUAAAUUGGCAAAGAAAAUGUUCAUUUCUUUUCUUCACAGCAACUGCCUUACUUACCGCCGUAUAUAUCACCCACUUAGUCAGCCUGAUGAUCUUUUGUGUCCAGGAUUUUUUAAGGGGACGUACGGAAGCCACGGACUGGAGAUAGUCAUGCUGAGUUUCCACGGGACGUUGGCAAAGGUGACAAAAAUAACGGUGAGUACCGCGUGACUCAGGUCUUCCUUGGCCUGACGCCCGUGAGGAUUAGGUUGUUAGGUUUGUUUAUUUUUCCAUGAAAAAUUUGAAUCUUAUUAUAGGAGUUUUGUAAGAUGCAUCAGGAAAAAACAACGUAAUAACUGAAUUAAAAACUAAAAUAAUAAAUUCAACAUCAUUGAUAACUUUUCAAAUUUGUACAAUUUAUAUUUCAAUACAUAUGAAUUAUCACUGGUAUAACGCAUUCAAUCAGCUACCUUAUGUGUUUUUAUUUUGCUUUAUGUGAAAUGCAAGGGUGGGCUGGCACAGGCCGGCUUUUGAUGGAAAUUGCAAAUGUCCCAUGAUUGCUUAGGAGUAGUUUGUGGAAAGAUGAUGCCUGACGCCAUACGUUUGGAAAGUGAACAGAACAUUUUAGCACCCCUCUCCACAGUUUACAGUUAAACAGCUUCUUGUGGAGCACAGGAAAGAAGACCUCUUUUUAUAUUAGAAAAGGAAAGAAAUGUAAACUUGGCAACCAACAUUUUUUUUUUUUUUUGUAAAUCUUGUUUAUUGAGUCAUGAAAGUCAGCAAAAAUUAGGCUCGCUAGCCAGCAAAAGGUACAAAGUUAACAAUAUGUCAUAAAAAACAAGCGUAAAUGCAAUAUAAUAACAGCGUAACAAUUCACGCUAGGAUCGUAAACUCCAAUGACUGGUCAAUGUAUAAGUUCUGUGUUCCCUUUCCGUGUUUGGAAAUGUUGUAGGCGAGCUUUGCCCUAGAGUGAUGUAUCAGUGUAUGUGAGUAUGUGUGCGUGUGUACUCGCAAAAUACAGCAACUCUUGGUGUUAACACAGCGAGAGGACGAGGCCCAUCAGCCUCAGAGCAACCAACAUUUUGACACCAUAGAUGUCUUUGUGAACAAUUUGAAAGGGAACGUCACGUGUGAGCUGCUAUAAACAAGAGAGAUCCACCUAAUGUUAAAAGAUUGGUUCACUUUAAAUCUUUUAAACUGCACUACGGGAGUUUAUUUUUAGGUAAUAAACCUCUCUCCCUCCUGCACAGACAGAUGGAGAAUUGGUGAUGUCACCAAAUUAUUUAGAUCUUAAGGCUUCUCAAACUUCCCUCUUCUCCAGGGAUACGAAAUCUGCCAAUAUGUCACAGUAUGAGUCACGCAGGGGUGAGACUGUGGUCUAAUGACACUUACUGGAGCGUGUGCUAAGCUUUAGCCUAUUGUCAUUUGUGCCUGGCCACUAAUCAGAAGGGUUUAUUCACUAAAUUCCAAAUUGUAAUAAACUGAAAACCAAUCUGCAAAAUUUAGGUCUAAAUAGCCAAGCUGUGACUAUGGGAGAGUUGUUUUAAAAAAAAAAAAAAAUUUCAAAUCAAAUUCAAAUUUGUGUCUAAAAUGUUGACAUUCCUUUUUUAAUUUGCUAUAGUUUUGAUGUUGAGUGAAUAGUAACUUUAAGCUGUAACGUUUGUGCUUAAGUCCGGUUUCGAUAGAAAGCAAUCCCAUAGGGCCCCGAAUUAAAAAAACAAACCACAAAUAUGUGUGAGAGCUUCCAAACAGAUGAGCCCUCAUUUUCUCGUUCUGUUAUGGCAACAUUUUUCUAUAUUUAACCAUUAUCUGCUGAAAUUGAAUAGAAAUAUAGAAAUCCUUACUGCUCUGUCAUGGAAGUGAGUGUCUGCCAUAUGCCCAACUUGGAUGGGUUUUGGAUAGCAAACUACCCCCUGACAUCAGAUAGAAAGAGGGAUAAUGGACAGUAUUAUGAUGUGAACCAUCUUUGAAAUUUUCUGCUGUUUUUUAAACGUUGUUUCCAUGGAGACAGUGACAAGGGACCUCUAUGCACCAAAUCACUGCAGUGAUCAUAGGCUGUCAUGGGGCUUAGAGAGUCCCUUUUUAUGGUUUUAGCUUACACUUUUACACUGUCUGUAUUAAAACAGCAUAUAUAUAUAAUAUAUUAGCAGAGAACGGGAUGUGAGUGAGCGUGUCUUCACACAACCAAUAAAUUGUACUAAUUUGUAACGCCACAUAUACUGUAGGAUUAAAGGUAUGUGCAUCUUAGAUCAUGUCGAGGAGAAAAAAGUAUGCUGUUAACCAGUUUUGCUUUCGUUUGCAUCUAGGGAGAUCCGAAUGUCCCUGCCUGUCAGCAGACCCUGGAAAUCGAUCUGACGCGACCAGUUCAGCUCCCCGAUGUUGAGCAUCUGCGGAAUUUUGAUGAGAUGUCCCGUCUCGUACUUGACGUGCAGGCGCAGAUACACAGAGAGCAGCGGCUGACUGGCAGUGAUGAGGAAGAUGGCAGGGAGGUAGCUGCUGUCCGUGGAGAGCCUGGUCGGCCGCUCUUACCUGUCAAGAGGCCCGAAGACAAAGAUGCAAACAAAGUGGGUGCAGAGGAGAAUGAUGAACAGGAGGCCCCAGCCCACUCAUUUGUCCUUCCUGAUGGGGUGACGGCAAGAAGUGAAGAGUACCCCCGUAGCUGUAAGAUGUGGUAAGCAGUGCUCCCCACCAGCACUUAUUUAUAAAAUCUAGUCCUCUUCUUAAUUUCUCUUUUAUCUCUCCUGCUGUUUAUCUCUGCUUUUUUAUAAUUUUUUUUUAUAAAUUCAUAGCACACAGGGGGCAGGUCUGUUUAAGUGCUGCAGAGAUCCAUAAAUGGUCCGAAAUCCUUGUGUAUUUUCUUUCCAUUUGCAGGGGCUGAGCUAUGUUACCUGGUCCUUCCGGGCAGGGCUGUCUUUAAUAUUGAAUGGACCCUGGGCAACCAUUUGCUUGGGGCCCCUGGACCCUGCCCCCUGACAGACUUACUGACACACACGCAGACACAUAAACUGACAGACAUACUGACACACACAUACAAAGACAUACACAGACAGACAUACUGACACACAUAUACUUGUACACAUACACGGACAGACAUACUGACACAAGCACACACAUACACUGACAGACAUACUGACAUAAACAUACACUGACAGACAUACUGACCGAUAUACUGACACAAGCACACACAUACACUGACAGACAUACUGACAUAAACAUACACUGACAGACAUACAUAAACAUACACUGACAGACAUACUGACACAGACACAUACACAGAUAUAAACAUACACAGACAGACAUACUGACAUAAACAUACAAUGGACAGACAUACUGACAUAAAUUUACACUUUUAUACCCACCCUCUAGUUUCCUACCUUGGAAGGUGGUUCCCCAGUGUCCAGACUGAAGGGUGAGGCUGUUGGGAUCUGCCUCUCCCUGCACAGGCUCCCACUUUCGUCUCCCGCGCGGCUCCUCUCUUUAGUGGGAGGAAGUGACUCGCAGCCGUCCCUGCCUCCCAGCGCUGCCGAAAAGCAAAGGGCCUGGUCGCGCUGUUAAAGGGCUACAGUGUGUGACCGGGCCCCUGCUUACAAUACCUGCCACGGGUCAGCUGCUUUGGGCCCCCAAGUGUAAUUGGGCCCUGGGCAGCUGCCCCGUUUGCCCACGUUAAAGAGGGCCCUGCUUCUGGGCCCCCCCCCCCCAAUGGAUAACUCAUUCUAUCUAUUUGUUUUACGUGGUUUUUUUGUCUGAUGGUAGUUAUACAAUGUAAUUUCCCUGCAUGUGGCCCAUGACCACCCAAUCACAGGGAGUCACGGGAAAACUCGGGACAAAAUGUGGCACAGAUGGCUUGUAAAAGCAGUGGAGGUAAGUCUGUUUUUACACCUACCUUUUCUGCACACUUUUACAAAAGAAAAUCUGUCAUAAAUGCAAAUUGAGUUUUCAGUACUACUAAAUAGGAGGGCAAAUUAAAAUAAAAUAAGAUUAUUUUGUAUCACAUUUGCAAAUGCCUUUCUUUUUUUUCCCCCAUGCCAUUUUAAAGCUUUUAUGGCACAGGGCUCAUCGCUGGCCACGGAUUCAGUAGUCCAGAACGGACGCCAGGCCUGUUUAUUCUCUUUGAUGAAGACCGAUUUGGAUUUAUAUGGCUAGAGCUCAAAUCUUUUAGCUUGUACAGUCGAAUGAGGGAUAAAUUCCAGAGAGCAGAUGCUCCAUCUCAAGCAGCCUUUGACGAAAUGCUCCAGAAUAUGCAGUCAUGGACAACAUGAAGGUGCCGAGGAACACAAAACACAGGGCAGAGAGAGAAGAGGCCGAAAAACUGGAUCCAGAAUAAAAAAAUAUCACUAUUUGUGAUCAAAGAAACGAUAUUCCAACCUUGGUACCUCGAAAAAUCAAUGCAUGCACUUUCCACGCAGUCAUUUUUAACCCUUUCUAUGCCAGAGGGGCCUGCAGAGCAACAAGAGUUAAACUGCUUUUACCAAUGUUGCUUAAAUAACUUUAACAUGUGUAUAUAGCAAGCCUCACACUGUAAUAAUGUAUAAAUAUAUAAAUAUAAUUGUAUGGCUUCCUAAUGAUCCCAAGGCUGUGAGUGACCGGUCCUAUUUUUGUAAACUUCCUUAGUAAAUAGGAAAACUGCUGCUAACCUUCGGCAUAUUUUCGAUACUGAAAUCGGGAUGGAUCAUUACAGCAUCUCCAUGACCUUGUGUGGGCCAGCAACAUUGUGUCUGUUAGAUAUUGUGUGAUGCUAAAUUGGUUCCAGAAGCGAAAACAGAAUUAUGUAGGUUGUGAUCAUUAUUUAUUUUAAAAUAACCUGAAGUAAAGGGGGUUGAUUUACUAAACAGUAUGACAUCUGACUUGCAAAAAUUACCAUUAAAAAGCCAAGUUAAAAGCAAAAAACCCUACCUUUACUGAGGAGGUUUGAUCCAAUUCUGCCAUGAUGGUGCAAGUUUGCAGGUUAUUUGCCAAUUUACUGUGUGUCACUGUUCAGUAACUAUGCCCCAAGCAUCAUGCCUAAUUUGGAAAGUAAUGAAAACAUGUUCAGUGUUCAGGAGGCUUUGUUGUGGUUCACUAACGGGGUUGUGCACUAAAGCGUAACAUUUUGGAAUUCUAAAAUAUAUAUAUUAUUUAUUUUAUUUUUUAAUUCCAAAAUGUUAUGCUUUAGUGCACAACUAGGUGCUGAGUUUUACAAAGACCCUUCCCAAGUGGGCCUCAUAACCCAUAGGUUUGGGCUAACUACCAGGGUGAUUUUGCCUCCGUUAUUUUUUAGUCCCAGGGAUAUGAACAUUCAGGGAGCAUUGUUUUGUACAUAAAGUGCCACGUUUGUAAAACUCUGCAAAGCAGAUCUGUAGAGCCCCUACAGUAAUUCAGUGGGUUCCAUAAUCACUCUCGUGACUUCCUGUUAAGUUGAUUGAUCCAGAGAGAAACUAGUCUAGUAGGAUUAAGAAUAUGUUUGUUUUAUUAUUUUAUUGGGGGGAGGGGGGAGUUUGUUAUUUUUUUGUUUACGGUCACAACAAUGUUUGUUUAUUUAUUAAAUGGUGUGCUGAGGCUAUUUGACCAUGAGCGUUUAUUGAGGAUUUGUUGGAAGAAUGGACAAGGGAGCUUUAUACCAAAUUAGUUGAGCUGGUGGGAGAAUUUUUCCAGUGCAGCUAUUUUGGUCUGAAAUUUAGCAAAUAAACUCAAAAGAUUUAUAAAUUGCCUAAUUACUGGCCAUCAAACUUUAUACCAUCAAUAAUCCGUAGGAGAAACUUGUGAUUGACCUGAGCAUUGUUAGAUAAUACAUGUUUAUUAUAUAGGGUAUAAAUAUGAAAGUCACCCAUACAGUAAUCUAAUUAUAUACAGUAUUAUCUAAUAUAAUUUUUCAAUGUUAUUUUUAAUGUUCUCUAAAAAAGAUUCUGCCUUUUUAGUAAUUAUACAUAUCACCCUGAGAAUUUCCUCAUAGUGUAAGAGUAACUCUGUAUACAUUUUGCAGAGCAAGACGGCUGAUCGUGAACCUAAAGCCAGUUUGGCUUGGAAACCAAUCAGAAUACAGAACUGGAAAUAACCAUGUAUUCUGAUACAGACAGACAGGUUUUCAGUUGGUAUUCACAAGUCCAGUGCUGUAGAAGCACAGAUUCACUUCACCGGAACAUGUAUUAGGCCAAUUUCAUUUUUCCUGGCAAAUCUUUAUUAUAUGGUUCUAUCUGUGGUUAAUAUAACGUAAAAUGUUCCACUAGGUCAAAGUGGAACGGCCACAAAAAAACCCCACUUUUUUAUGAAGAGAGAUCGAUCUUGCGUCGUAUGAAUGUUAGAGAUGUCUAUAUGAGAAUACUAAUAUUUUCCUUUAGUUUCCUGUUAAUAUUUGAUUGUUUUUGUAUUGUAACCAUAUCCUAUUACAAUCUUAACAGGGAGUCACAUGAUUUUUGACUUUUAAAUUGUAGGAUACCAUCAGGUAUCUAGGAAAAUCGCAAACUGGAGCAAAUUAAAAACCAGAUUGCUAAACAUUGGUGAGAAUAUUUUAAACCAUGCAAAAUGUAGGCUAGCAAGAAUACGCAAGUUGUAUGAAAGUGGUUUUAACUACAAUGUGUUUGUUAGUGAAUAUAUAUUUCAAUUCCAUAUAUAAUAUAGUGUUUAAAAAAUAUUUUGUAAAAUAUCUAAAGCAUUUGAAACGCUAACUUCAGCUUACUGUUUAGUGAAUAAACCCUUAAUUGAUGUGUUUGGUAAGUCCUUUAUAGGAUAACUCUUGGCUUAUUUAUGUUACUGUAAAUUUUAUAAACUUGACCAGGGAAUUCCAUUUUAGUCCAAUAUAGCUGAGCUAGAAAAUAUUGGAGUUUAGAAAUUUUCCAGUGUAGCUGUUUUUGCCUAAAUGUUGCGAUUACCUUGUCAAUGCACCAUAAAUCCUGAUUUGGUGAGCAAGUGAGUGAUGCUGGGGAAUCUAAAGAAAUAACAUAAGUCUAAGAAAUAAUAUAGUAUCAAUAUCCUUCUGAAGAUACGGUUUCCAGUACUGCGUGCAAUAUUCAAUUGGAGUAUUGUACACAGUACCGGAGACCGUAUCUUCAGAAGGAUAUUGAUACCUUAGAGAGGGUUCAGAGAAGGGCUACUAAACUGGUUCAUGGAUUGCGGGAUAAAACUUACCAGGUAAGGUUAAAGGAUCUUAACAUGUAUAGCUUGGAGGAAAGACGAGACAGGGGGGGAUAUGAUAGAAACAUUUAAAUACAUAAAGGGAAUCAACACAAUAAAGGAGGAGACCAUAUUUAAAAGAAGAAAAGCUACCACAACAAGAGGACAUAGUCUUACAUUAGAGGGGGCAAAGGUUUAAAAAUAAUAUCAGGAAGUAUUACUUUACUGAGAGGGUAGUGAAUGCAUGGAAUAGCCUUCCAGCUGAAGUGGUAGAGGUUAACACAGUGAAGGAGUUUAAGCAUGCGUGGGUUAGAUAUAAGGCUAUCCUAACUGUAAGAUAAGGCCAGGGAUGAAAAGUAAUAAAAGUAUUUAGAGAAUUUGGGCAGACUACAUGGGUCGAAUGGUUCUUAUCUGCCGUCACAUUCUAUGUUUCUAUGAACACGUCUAAAGGGUUUCUCCAGCCCUAUUGGCUAUAUUCUAUUUGCAUCCCUAAACCAAACACUCAAAGGGUGUUUUUUUAACCCCUUAAGCACACAUGACAUGUGUGACAGGUUUCAUGAUUCCCUGUUAUUCCAAAAGUUUGGUCCUUAAGGGGUUAAAGGUGUUUUGCUUGCCUCCAUCCAGUGCCAAGGUAAGUUCCCCAUCUGUCAAGGGUGUUGCUCUGAGGGCCAAUCAAAAGCUUCUCAAUGAGAAGCCUUUGGAGAAUUUUAAAGGGCUCAGCGCGCAUGGGCCUGCAAAGGGAGGGACUUCCAGGCUGCCUUAGUCACUUCUGCUGGGGGUGCAACUUGUUCCCAGCACACAAUUAAAUAUAUCUCUGGAUAUGCAGUGUUCCAAGCUGACACACUGCACUUCCAGAUUCCUGCCACCAUGACCACUUCAAAAAGCAGACUUGGUCUUUGGAGUAACUCUUUUAACCUUGGUAGAUAAAGUUAAAAUCCAGAAUUAACCUAGGAUGAGCUUAAGAUGGCAAGUAUUAAGAAAUGUCCUCACUCUGUGAUGGUCACUAACUGCAACCUACUGUGUCAGCUUUACAUGUUCUCAAUAUAGGCGAUCACUUCACUCUGUCCUCUGAACAGAGUUUAUAUUAAAGCUGCAGCACAGUCUCUUUAAAUAUUGAGAGGGUGACCUGCCUGCACACUAUAGCUACUCACGCUUUCAUUUUUUUUUUUUAACCUGGUUCUGUAGUCCAGCUGUCAGGUAGGUAUAAGGAACAGUACUGCACUCCACAGUUGUAAAGAAAGCACUCCAAAUUUAUUGAGGUUUCAGAAAGGUCAGCCGUGUUUCCACCUACCAAGUGCUGUUAGUCAAACUUGACAAAGAACAUUUGUUGAAACGUUGCUUGACUUUCUUAAACCUUCAUGCUUUUCUUAAGAUUGCAGAGAGCUGGACCGUUCUUUAUACUUGCAUAAUACAGAGCCUCCUCAGUCUCACGGCUGUGAUUGGCACGGACGCACGCAGUGAGCAGAGAUAAAAUAAUAGAUCACAUUUGCUCUACUCCACCAAGACUUGCAUUUGUGUCUUCAUAUUAUUUGGACUUUAGCGGAACCUGUCACUUUGUGUGACCUAUACAUUGAAAGGAAUUUAUUUACUAAACAGUGACUUAUGGAUAGAAUUAUUGAAUUGUAUAUUUUAUGCCAAAAUAGUUAGGUUGGGGCUGGAUUGCUACAAUGUGGAAUUUUUCCCCAACUCUGCUAAUUUCACCUAAAUGUUACAAUUCCGUAUCUGUCUCAUUCAGAAACGUAGAGUUGAUUUCCCAUAGCAAAAACUCUGAAUAAUUUGUAACUGUGAUUGUUGGCAAAUCCUGAGUUUGUUUUAAAGUGUUGAUUUGCAUGGCUGAAUAUAUUAUGGGACAGCACAAUGAACAACACCGCUCAUUUUAUGAGUUUUCUUUUUUUAUGACAUGGUUACUCUACAUAAGAAAUCACCACCCUAUUUUAAACACUUUCUGGUAAAAUGUUAACGAACUCAAUUCAUAAUUAAAAUAUUCCAUUUGGGGAGAUUUAUCAAACAGCUGUGCUCUAUAAAGUCAUAUGAAGGUUUAACAGUGGAGAAUCAUGAUGGAAACCAAUGGAAUUAGCCAGUGUGUGCUUUUGGCGACUACUCUGCACUUCCAACGUAGAACUUUCUGAUGGAGAGCAGAGCUAAUCGUUGAAUAAACCACUGAAAUAUUCCGCUAGUUUCUAUGGUGACAGCUCCACUUUUACAAUUUUACCUAACAUUAUCCCUUUUUACAUCAACCCAUUGUAUGCACUGAUUUAUAGUUUACAGUUACAUGUUCUGUCUUACUGUGUUUUUUUUAGAUCCAGGUUUGCGGGAAAUGUCGAAAUCCUUUUUAUAAAUUUUGGUUUGUGCUCCUUUUAAUACAAGACAAUCAACGAGUGUUAAAAGACCAGCGCUGUCCGUUGCAGGUUUCACUUCCUGCGAUAAUGCCGUAAUGAUUGUAACAAGUCCAUUAUCACACAGAAUUAAAUAACUUGUUUUCUUUUCUGAGGAUUACUAGAAGCAGCUUACAAACACAAAAGAGCAGAUAUCCGCAACGUUUCUCAGUCCUGGACUACAACACCCAUAAUGCCAUGCAAGCCACAAACUCAACAGGUGACCAGCAUGGCAUUAUGGGAUUGGUACGUUGAUUACAAGUGAGAUAAAUAUCCUUGUCCAAAGCCAUAAGUGUAUGGUGCAGUGAUACUUAUAUACACUGAUAUUGUUGAUUUGUUUUGUUUUUACUAAUGUGUUUUUUUUUAUGUGUUUCUGAAGUUUUAAGUUUGUUUUAGCAAAUGUUUUUAAAUGUAUUUAUCUCUCCUGGGCCUCUGAUCUAUGUGCUGUGGGUUAGGAAUUUUCUGUAUAGGAGUAAACAUUAAUUCAUUCAUUUAUUUAAAAUAUCAGAAUACCACUAGGUCUGUAGAAACUCUGUUUGAGUCGCACACAUGUCCACCUCUUCUCCAUAAUUCAAACUGAUGUGUCAAAAUAUAAAGCGUGUUACUCUUCAGGAAAAAGAAUUUGGAGUGAGAAAUGUUGUUAAUUAAAUGUCACCUGAAAUUCAGAUCUUGUCUCCUGUAUUUUACAUUUCUCCGUUCUGACAGUGCGGAGUCAUUUGUGUCACACACAUUUACGAGAGAGAAUAACACAGACAGUAAAGAAAUUGGAAGUGACGUGUCUUGGAAUUAAGGAGUCUAAUGAGAAAAUUCUCAUGAGCUAUUCACAU